UGCCGGGUGGAGGAGAACAGGCUAAAGUUAAAUGGGAUUGAAGAAGGGCUAAAAAUGGACUGUAUUCCAACUCCACCAGAUUUGUUUCACCCUGCUCUGCCGGAUGCCAACAUCAAGUCCUCACAGCAAGUUGGCUGGUUUUGCACACAUCACAACAAAAAGAUUAGAGCAGAGAGAGAUGCCAUGUCCAAGCAAGUUGCGGGUCCAUCAGACUCAUCCUACAAACUAUUCCCAGUUCUGCUGAUCGUAGGAUGGAUUGUCGGUUGCAUAGCAGUUGUCUACUUUGUCUUCAUUUUUGCUUGGAAAAGUGGUGUGUGAGGAAGAAAUUCAAUUCAUCAGAGAAAAUAACUUCUUUCAGAGGACAC